GACGUGGUUCACACAACCCAUUGACUCAGUAAAGUGAUUUGUUCAAUGUUUGGCACAAAUGCAUAUUGCCAUCGUGGUUUGCAGCGGCUAAAUGUGUACAACAUUACUAUGAGCCAUUGUGGUACAUGGCUUAGAAUGGUGUGUGAACCUAUUUAGGAUGAUGUGAAAACCCAUCCAUUUUUUGUUUGCGGUUACAGGAAGGUAGGGUAUCAAAUUGGCGGGUGGGUCUACACUGUUAUUAUUACAACAUACGUAGCCAUCCACCUAUCCAAGAACUCUGCAGAACAAAGAAACAAAACAAUUAUAUAAAAACAAAGAUAGAACCAAAAACUACUAGACAGACCACACACCUAUGCUAGAGGCCCAAACUAACCCUUCCCCCACUGCCUGGGGGAAUUUAGGCAACUGUACGAUUUCACAGUAUAAGAUGUGAUCCUGUAUCUUUGGUAGAUGAUGUGAUUUGAAAGGAAUGAGAAGGAAUGUUUUCCUCCAGAGAAUGUUAAAUUGAUUAUUCUUUACCCAAAGGAGGAUCUGGAGAAAAAUGGUAUUUCAAUUCGGCUGACUCAGUGAAAACAGGGCAUUUGUGGUUCAUUUUCUUUUACUGUAUAGAAUGGGGAAAAAAAGCUAACUGCUCUUUUUGGCAAGGGAGCCAACCUAUAAGAAGAUGCAUACAUAUUAUAAAUGAUAUCUGGAACUUCAGUUGUUUUUCAGAAAAGAAAUGGUAAUAUGAAUGUGUGAAAUGGUGCAGGUGUUAACGUUCAUUUGUUUGUGUCUUCAAUCUCUUGAAUAUGUUUGUGCAUGGUCUCUUAUAGGCCUGGUUCAUGUAUUGCACUGAGCAAAUCCAUCAUUGUUUGACCAUGCUAAACAUAACUGUAGUUAACAAAUUUCAGUGUCUCUGUUCAUAUAACAUACUAAAUCAAAGUCCAAUCAACCAAAUAAUUUGUGAACCAGGCCAUAUUUCCUUAAGUGAAGUUUGGUCGUAAUUGGAAAAUUGUAUGUACAAUUGUACUUGCAAUAUCUUGCAACUUCAAAUCUUACUGAGUUGCGAGGUAUAAAUUAAGACCAGACUGAAAUUUUGAGGGUAACAAAAUAUGAUUCUGCAUGUUUAUCGAUAAAUGACUGACUAAAAUUUCAACAUAGAAAUAUUAUUUGCAUCCAUGCUCAAGAGUAUGAAUCAUUAUGCAAUAGAAAAGAACCAACAUGAGGAAAGGAAUUGACAGGUUGGGAUGGGGACAAAAUUGUGCACUCGGGCAGAGAAAAAGAGGUGACAAAUCAAAAGAGGGUUGCUUGGAACAUUCCAAAGUGUAACAUUUUAUUACCCAAUCCUACUUGGUAAAUUAUCGUAAUUAUUAUGUAGAUGAGAGAGGAUUCUGAAAUCUUCAAGAUGUUGCUGAAUUCUAAUUUCCAGUGAUAUAUACAGCCAGCUCAAUGGUGUGAUGUGCUUAGAAUUGGCUCCUCAACUUCUGGUGGUGCUUCCUCACCCCUCCAGAUACUCAGUGUGCAAGGGUGUGUGCUCCAUACUUGUGUGCUGCAUCCCUGUCCUUGCCUUAAAGGACAUGUGCACACCCAGCUGAAUGGGAAAGAAUCCUUCCUUUGCCUCUCAUAAUAGGACCAGACAAGGUGCCUCUUUCCACGGUGGAGUUAGCAUUUGCUCUGCCUCAUCUGUCAGAACAGUUGGGUUGGGUUCUCUUCCAGCCUUGUAGCCUUCAUUACAUUCAUUCAUUAAUAAUUAACUGAAGCAAUGAUUUCCGGAUGAGAGCAACAAGUAUCAAGCAGGAAUCUGGGUCUUAAUCCAAUUAAUUUGUUUUUGACCAAAGCCAUCAGUUUAUAACUAUUGAAAAAUUAAGCUUCCUGAGAACUACUGAAAAGUGUGCAUUUCUCUUUAUUCCAAGGGUUCAGAGCACCUAUUGAGUGUGUGUGCACCUCAGCUUCCCUCCAAUGCUUAAGGCAGAAUCCACUGGCUGGGUUCCUACUUUAUGCAUUGCAUGUAUCGUCAUCAUUAUCUGCUAUGGGGCAUCCUCGUCAUUUGGCUACACGGGUUUGGCGGUCUUCAUACUGAUUUACUGCGUUGUCCUGUUUAUCAUCUUCAUGUUAGGAUUACACCUCCAAUUGGCUUUCAUCCACUGGGGAUGGACGACUUUUGUCCGGGCUCUCAUUGGAGCAGUGGCUUUUCUCAUCACUGCCAUCAUUGUCUUCUUUAGCCGCCCAGAUGGAGGAGCCAUUGCUGGGGCGGUGGCUUCAAUUCUGACUGGAAUCCUCUUUGCCUAUGAUGCAUAUACCAUCUUGCCUACUCUCAGGAAAUCCCAUACAGCAGCUCCUUCCGAGCCUACAGAAGGGAUUUGAAGAAAACCAUCCCUCUUUCACCUCAAGACAAAACACCACACUGGACCCAUCUCCUAUUGCCUUCUAUGGGAUCUGUCCCCAAGAGACCACCUCCCCGUAUCAAUUUGACAACACCACAAUCUUGUUUUCCUUGGGUGCUCCGUAGGACAGAUUGUCGCCUGAAUUGGCAGGUCCUUUCCUCUUGUCUCCAUUUUAUGAAACUGUUCCAGCAACGGAAGAGAAGGGCGACUCUGGAAUCCUCCAGGAAAAUUGCAAAGCCCCAGUAAAAUGGAUUUCAUAGGUUUGUGACUAUUGGCUGCAUCUGAUUGAGAGUAAUUCCAUUUACUCUCUGGUUGAGAUGCAAAGAAAAUUAAGCCUUUACAUUUUUAGUCCUAUUAGUAGACAAUGACAGCAAAGUACAAAGGGACCUUCUCUUUUGGGGCCUCUGUUUGCCCUGCAGACUUCAGCUGCUUGCAUCCAGAUUUUCUAGAUAAGAAGCCACUGUUUUGAAAUCUAUCAAAUAGGACUUUUUCAAAUUUUGUAACUUUUGAAGAGCUUGCGUUCCACCCCGGGGUGGUAUUCACUUACUUUCCCUACCGAUUCGCAAAUGUGAGCGCACGACCGGUGCUCCCUUUGCUUCCGUGGGCCCCGUUCACACAUGCGUUCAGCCUUCUGCGCAUGUGUUCAGCCUUUGCAUGCAUGCGCACAGCGUGAAAAUGUGCCUAAAUAGGACAGUAUAGAGCCGGGGCGCGUGGACAGAUUCACCCAGAAUUUCCACUACCGGUUCGGGUGAAUAUCACCUCUGCUUCCGCUCCAUGAAAAGCUGUUUGAAAUUUCACUAAGCCAUCUUAAAUUCCCAUUUCUGAUAAAUGAUUUUUUAAAAAAUAAAGCAAGCACUUAAAAGGCAUCCUACCUUAGUAACUUUUUCUACACCAUUUAUUUUCUCCCCUAAUCUUCUCUCUCUUAGGGAACCCCAGUCUUUUAAAAAAAGGCACUAGGUUACGGAGAAGGGUUGUGUGUAUGUUCGGUCAUUGUGAUCAAGUGGAAAAAGUUAUGGUUGUUUGGUGAUGAGCUACUGAAACUUUCCAGAUUAAGGAAAACUUUUCUGAAUUACACUUCCAGGGCUUAAGACUCUGGUGCCAGGCAGAGUUCAUUACCCUGCCCUAUUUUGUAGAUAUAUAUUUUAUAUAAAAAGAGGAAGCACAGCAAACUUCUAUAUAAAAUAUUCAAAUUCAUAUACUUGAUGAUGAGGUCAUCCAUUCAGUCGUGUCCAACUCAUGGCAUUUCUGUGGGCCAGGUCUCUCCACAUUUUCUGAUCUUGCACUAUUUCUUUUGAGUUUUUCCCUAUGCUUUGGCUGGUUGUCAGCUUUGAUGGUGUCCAGCCACCAUGUUCUUCUGUGGCCUGGUUCCUUUCACCACUAAUUCUUCCAAGCAUAAUUGCUUUCGCCAGCGAAUUCCCCCCAACCCCCAAUGAGGUGGCCAAAAUAAGUGACAGAGUUUUGUGAUUUUGCCUUCCAGUGACGCGUCUGAGUUAUGCACUCAUAUACUUAUUAAAAGGCCAAUUUUUUUCCCAAAGAAGAAAACUUGGCUCACCUUGGUGCUGAUUUCUGGGUAUUUUUUAUGUAAUUAUUUUGGUGUAGUACAAAAUACAGCCUUGGCUAGGGCCCCAGUGAUCUAUAAGGAGACACAUAAGUGGCCUGAUUUUCUUCUGUGGAAUGUAUAUCAUUGCCUUAAGCUUAGAACACUUUGUCUGCAUUGGUAGGAAAGAUAGAAGAGAAAGGAGCAUGUCUACUGCCAUCUCUUGUCCAGUUUUCUCCUGUUGGAUCUUGGGCAGCUUGGCUUUAUUUUGUGCUUGCUGGAGAAAUAAAAUAGUUUUAAGAUGCAAAUAAACUAUAUCUGAAUUGG